UUUAUAUAUAUGUGUGUCCUGACUGGAUUAUUUGAUGGUUGUAGUAGCAUUUGUUUAGCAUACUGGGGACCUGUAUAACCUGAAGAUAUUAAAUAUAACUUUUAGGUAACAUCUUCCUAUUCUCCUCUGUGAGAAAGCUUUUCCUGCAUUUUUACUUUCAAAAGAUGUUGGACUGUGUUGAUGGACACUGCUUAUGUUUUCCCCUGAAGUUAUUCAAAUUCUGGUGUAAAAUGCCCAAUUUUUUGUAUUUAACUUAAUCAAUAAAAAAGUGCUUCUUAAGCAAGAUCUUGCAGUUCUUGGCCUUGCAUCCUCUGUGUGAAAAAGUUCUUAUUUAGGCCCCUUGAUCUGUUUUAGGACUUACAAAUGAUGGAGACUUCAGGUUGGCUGUGGAGAUGAGACUGGAGGAAAGGACUGAAUGCUCAUUUCUGAGCGAGCAGGGGAUAAGGUUAUGAAAAUGUUUUAAAAUCAAGAUUUCUUUUGUGUUCUAGUGCCUGCUGAAAGAUGGAUGAUGAUGACUUUGGAGGAUUUGAGGCAGCAGAGAGUUAUGAGUUUGGAAAUGGUGAACAGCAGACCACAUCUCCUGCUAUUGCUUGGGCAGCAUUUCCUGCAGUACCUGAAGUCCAUAGAUCUCCUGAUGUUCUCCUGGAGCGCUCUGUGCCUUCUUCCUGCCUGCUUCCUUCUGACUCUUUCAUUUUAUCAAGUGAUAAUGUGGCAACAGCUAUUCAAACAGGCAAGAGUGUGAUAAAUCCAGCUGUUCCUGAAGAACAGACUCAAGCAAAUAUUCCAGUUGCCUCUUCAAAUGUAAUUGAAGACAAGCCUUUAGCUGAUGUUGAGACAAAGAGAGCAAAUGAAUCCAAGAACUGCCUUCAACAAGCUGUUGCAAACCUCGAAAUCAAGCUUUGCAGUGCUGAAGAAGAAAAACUAAAAAUCAAAAAGGAAUUGGAACAUUUGCUGGAAAAACAUAGUGUGCUAGAAAUGGAUUUCUUGAAGGAAAAAAAAGAAAAAGUGCUUCCACAUCAAGAUCAUUACAAGACGCUCCAGGAAAAGCAUAAGCGGGAGUUAGAAGACAUGAGAAAAGCUGGACACGAAGCCUUAACUAUUAUUGUUGAAGAAUUCAAGGCACUGCUGCAAUCUACAGUUCAGCAGCAAGAAGCAGCUAUUGAAAAGCAGUAUAUAUUAACCAUUGAAAAGCAUUCUCACAAAUGUGAAGAGCUCCUUGAUGCUCAGCAUCAGCGACUUCUUGAUAUUUUGGAAGCAGAAAAGGAAGUGUUGUCAGAAAAGAUAGAAGAAGCUAUGAUGCAGCAAUCACAAAAGCACAAGGAAGUGCUUGACAAAUGUUUGGAUGAAGAAAGACAGAGAAGCAAGGAGGCUCUGGCAGCUGCUGCAAAGGCUGAAAAAGAAGUAGUACAGGAAGCUGUUCUGAAAGCAGUAGAGGAGGAGAGGAGAAAUAUGGAGAAGAUUCAUGCAGAAGAAAGAAAACUCUGGGAAGCAGAACGUGAUAGUCAUCGAGAGAAGAUUGCCCAGGCUGUUUCAGCAGCCAUGCAAGAGCAAAGAAAGAAGAAUCAGGAAAUUGUCAAGGAAGCAUUAAUGGAGGAGCAGAAACGAAGUGAAAAGGCAAUCGAAGAAGCAGUAAAAAGGACCAGAGAGGAACUGAUGGAAUAUAUUAAAGAGCAGAAGAGGCUUGAUGAAGUUGUGCGUCAGAGAAAUCUGCAUAGUUUGGAACUUUUCCUUUCAUGUGCACAGAAACAGUUAAAUGUUUUAUUAAAGGAAGAGGCGACCCCAGAGGAAAAGAGAGACUGACAUUCUCAGUGCUGAUGAUACAGUGUGAUUUGUGAAGCUGCAAAUCUCCGUCUAGUAAAUGAUGAAUAUAUUCCAAUCUUUUUAGAUUGUAUCAUUGAGCCAAGAUUGAUCUGAAGUGCUUGAUAGAAAUGUUUGUGGAUGAUGUUCUUCUAUUUAUUUAUUUAUUUUACUACUAUUAUCAGAUAGCAAAUAUGAGAGGGGAAAAGAUCCUUGGGAAAAAAAUUGUUUUAUUUAGGAUUUUGCUUUCAUGAUAUUUUCUAAUAGCCCAUGGUUGAAGUUCUAGAUAACUGCAGUAAUGAUGAAAACAUUUCCCUGUUAUGUCUGUUUUAAAUUUGGCACCAUGGGUUAAUGUGAUUCACCAUUAUUUUUGGUAUUUUAAAAAAACGGAGACAAACAUUUAGUUGGUUAUAGAUACAAUCCAUCUCUAUUUCCAAAGUAUCUGCCCAAGUUCACUGCCUCAGCUGAGCUUGAGUAGCUUAGUAUUCCCUAUUGCUUUUGAUGUAUAACAGAAGAAUCACUACUGAAACAUAAGAGCAUUGUCAGACAUUUCUUAAGUCAUUUAUAAACAAAUCCAGCUCUAGGAAAAGAAAAAUUUAAAAACUAAACAAUGCAUCUGUUUAGGGUAGUGCAAAAAACAUUGCCAUGACCAAUGUACGGUAUGUAUUUUAUUUCUGUUUUACAGAGCUAGUUCAGUUCCAAAAGUCAUUUGCUCAUGAAAUUACGAUUAAUGUGACUGACCUCAGUUUCAGGAAGAAGAUGUAUGUAAUUAUGUGGAGACUGAUACUGCACUGCCUCAGUGGAAUUUCUGACAGAAUAAGGAGUGCAGCUUGCUGACCUCACAUGCCCUUUCUAAGUGCAUGGAAGGAAGUAGAAAAACUCCCCACUGACAUUAUUGGACUUUGGAUCACUCAUAGGUCUUUCUAGUCUUGCUAACAGCAGAUGGAAUGGAAUUUCUGUGCCUACACUCUGUUGAUUGUAGAACUUGGGCCUUAGUUGUAGAAGAGCUCGGAAUAAAGUAAGGGAAAAUAAGUGUUUGUGCUUAGGUGUGUAAAUAAACUUAGAAUGAUCUCUC